AUGGCCCGAUCGUCUCAGCAUGUUGCAAGUCGCCCAAAGUCACUGACAGUGAAUGAGGCUAUUCUUAAGCUCCAGGACGUUUCGGAGCUUGUGCGAAAAAGGGGGGAUUUCAAAGCUACGGAAGCAAAGCGUGUGAAGGGUGCUUUCAGUCACCUCAACGCCACAGCUACUGACGAAGAACCGCCACGACAGCAGCAUUAUGUGAAGUUUCUUCGAAGACUGAAAGAUGUCGCAGGGGCUGCUAUGGUUGCCUUGAGUGCUGCAAGUCUCGGACAGGCUGCUGUAUACUCCAUGACCGAUCGGGUCAGGACAGAGCUGCCAUUCAAAAUAUUAGAGCGCAGGGGUGGUCUCCAGAACGCGGUGAUUGAGUCUCUUGCGACCAAAUAUGCGAGUUCCACUGAGCCCUGUCCUAGCCAAGUCGUACACGUUGCCGGUCAUAUCUCGUCGGAAGUUGGUGAGUGUUCUUGA